UUUUUUAAUGCUCACUUAACCAAUAGUUACGAAGAACAGCGCUUACUAUUAAUUAAGAUGCAAAAGCACUCAACACUUUUUCGAAGACCCUUACCUCCCAAACUCCCUAAGCUGCCGUUAUAUAAGAAGAAAACCCAUACAGCCAAGACCAUUGAAACUGAACCACCAGAUGUAGAGGUCGCUCAAGAUGAAACCACUCCAGUUAAAGAAAAUACAAAUGUUAUUCCUGAUACAGCUUCAAGAAAUCAAUCACAAACCUUUAUCAGUGUCCAAACCCUCUUUCUUGAUCAUCAUAUACAAGAAAAAGUGACUCUUAUAAAACCUAUUACAACACCUAAAAAAUAUAUUCAGGAUGUUGGUUUGCACAUUCCAGAUACUGCUCGUGGUUCCAUACUUUUUCCAAGUUUUCGUUCGGCUUCAGCUCGAGUUUUUGGGAAAGAAAGAAGUCAAAUGGAAAGUUUAAGAAAGUCAAAGAGACAGCCACCCAAAUUAGAAAGGAUUUAUAUUGAUUCAAGGCUUAAAGACAUCUUAAUUCUUACUUCAGAUUUCUCCAAACCUUUAAGUGCCCCUUGCCCACUUAUCACUACCAAAGUCGAUGUUCACGUUGAGUAUCCACCAAAGAGUAUGAGCUAUCCUUCUGAGAUCCCCCCGAUAGAUUUAAGUACAGCAAUGCUAAGCCCUCUACCUAGUAUUACAUCUCCUAAACCAGAAAGACAGUGGUCUGACCACUUACGACGAAAUACUCCUGUGGUAUUAACUAUUAGUGAAUUUCCUGGUCCCACUGGCAUACCAAUACCAGUUUUACCAAGAAAACCUCAAAGACAGUCUAUUAUAGAAAAUCUUUUAGUAGAAAAUGAAAAUGUAGAAGCUGUCCCAAAGCAAAGAGCACCAAGUAUACCUCAAGGUCUCGUUAAGACUAAAAAGGAAGACAUGGUGAUCAAAAAUAUUGUACGUGGUGAGGGUUUUAAGACUAUUUCAGCAACACAGUAUGAAACAAUAAUGGCCAUGACCAAUUUGGCCAUACUAAACUGUCAAAUAUAUGGGAGAAAUGCACUUAAUCUUAAGGGCUUUUUUAUCCUCAAUUGUCCAGACUUAACACCUUUGGCUUUCCAAUUGAUUUAUCUUAAUUUGUCGUAUAACGAUAUCCGCUACUUUCCUUCAGAAAUAUUUUGUCUUAAAAAUUUACAAGUACUAAACCUGAGAAAUAAUCCUAUCAAAGAAAUCCCAUCUGAAAUUAAAAAACUUAACUACCUUAGAGUUUUCAUCAUGGCCUUUACUUUGAUUACUUUUCUUCCACCCGGGUUAUUCACCUUGUCCUAUCUUGAGGAACUUGAUAUUUCCUACAAUGACGUUUCUUCUAUUCCAGAUGAAAUCAAGAAACUCAGAUCACUUGAAAAACUGAACGUGGAUGGUAAUGAUCUGACUUCUUUCCCACCUGGAAUUUUGAAGCUGAACCUGAGAAAAAUCCAAUUUGAGAAUAAUUACACUCAUCCUCAUCUUUGGAAAGAGAAUUCUUUGAAUAGUCCACAGCAUCUCACUCACCUCGUUUCUUUGUUCUUUUUCAAAAAUGAUCUACAUAGAUAUCAUGAUGUGAUCCCAGAAGAAAUUCAAAAGUUACUAAAAUGCACUUCCCGUUGCGAAUGGUGCCGAGGGCCCAUGUUUGGUGAAGGUUUACGCGUCAUCCGAGCCUGUGAUGUUUUUGGAAUAACACAGUUUCCUGUUAUGUUCCAUGUCUGUUCUUCUUCUUGCUAUGUACAAGUAAAGCAAAGCGGUUAG